AUGGAAAAGUUGAAUGAGACAUUUGUAACAGAAUUCAUACUUUUAGGCCUCACAGAUCUCCCAGAGCUACGUGUUGUCCUCUUUAUUAUGUUUCUUAUAUUCUAUCUCUUCAGCCUCGUUGGCAAUUUAAGCAUUGUCACGGUAGUUAUUUCUGAGAAUGUUCUUCACACGCCAAUGUACUUUCUAUUGGGAAACCUUUCAUUCCUGGAUUUCUUCUAUGCCACCGCAAUAGUACCCAAGAUGUUGUCCGGUUUAAUUAUGGAAAACAAGAAAAUAUCCUUCCAAGGUUGCAUACUCCAGCUCUACAUCUUUCAUUUCUUGGGAAGCACUGAAGCUAUGCUCCUUGCAUCAAUGUCUUAUGACCGAUAUGUUGCCAUUUGUAACCCAUUAAGAUACCAUGUCCUUAUGGCAAGGGCAGUGUGUCUUCAACUUGCACUGACAUCCUGGCUCAUUGGUUCCUUAUACUCAUUGUCUCAUACCAUUUUGACUUCCAGGCUUCCUUUCUGCAAAAUGAACAAAAUAACUCAUUUCUGCUGUGACAUUAAACCUCUCUUGAAGUUGGCAUGUAUCGACACGCAUCUAAAUGAGAGCUUGGUAAACAUAAUUACAGGUUCUGUAGGUUUAGGCACAUUUGUAUUGAUUAUCAUCUCUUACACUUUUAUUGCAACUCAUCUCCAGAAUAUCAGCUCAGAACAAGGUAGAAGUAAAGCCUUCUCCACCUGCUCUUCUCACCUCACCGUGGUCCUUUUAUUUUUUGGCACUGCUUUCUGUACAUAUUUAAGACCAGUUACUAAGGAUUCCCUGGAGCAAGACAGGAUAACUGCAGUCUUAUUCACGGUGAUCACACCAGCAUUAAAUCCUAUUAUAUAUGCUCUGAGAAAUAAGGAGGUGAAAAAGGCUUUUAGGAGAAGGUAUUUGAUAAGGUGCAUUGAUAGUGUAUGA